AACUUCAACUAUCACUUGUUAGUCAAAAAACCGUCGAAACGAAUGGGCUUCCAUUACCAACGGAUAGCACGCGGCAUUUAUCGACCUUCUGCUCUAUACGUAGUUCUGAAACGUUCCUUACAGCUUGCCAGUUGAUUUAUAAACUGCCUCCGCGCGAACUAAAAAACUAUUUAGUUGGUCGAUUGCAGCAAAUCAGUUCGGUUUCCCAGAACCAUAGGAUUUAUUGUUGAGUUGCGUGUUCGAGUCAAAACGGCAGUAGUUUAAUUGACAAACAUGAGUGAAGCCAGUGGUAGUGCAAUGGAGGUUAUGUUGCCGAAAUUUAAACCUUUAACUCAGUUAAAUACAAUCGCUAAAAAACCACCCAUUGAUGUUGAAUUCUGUGAUUUAACUUACUCGAUUUCUGAUUCCAGUUAUAAAGGGGGAUGGAGGCAAUUAUUAAAAUCGAUCAAUGGAAAGUUUAGAUCUGGAGAACUAACUGCCAUUCUUGGUCCCUCUGGCGCAGGAAAAUCAACGUUACUUAAUAUUUUGGCGGGAUAUAUGACGGCGGGAGUUAAAGGUAGUGUAAAAAUCAACGGAAAGCCUCGAGAUAUGAGAAUCUUCACCAAGCUCUCGUCGUACAUCAUGCAAGAAGAUCUAGUGCAACCGAGGUUGAGUGUCAGAGAAUCAAUGAUGGUAGCAGCUAAUCUUAAAUUGAGCGCGUCGAUAGGGCAUACACAAAAAGUGGCUGUGGUACAUGAAGUGAUCCAACUUCUUGGUCUAGAAAAAUGUUACGAUACCAAAACUGAAUACCUUUCCGGUGGACAAAGAAAACGACUGAGUGUAGCUUUAGAAUUAGUUAAUAACCCCCCUGUAAUAUUUUUAGAUGAGCCCACAACGGGAUUGGAUAAUGUAUCUAUUAAACAAUGUAUAGAUCUUCUUAAGAAAAUAACUAGGCUCGAAAGAACUGUGAUAUGUACAAUCCAUCAGCCGCCAGCAUCGCUCUUCCAAAUUUUUGAUCAAGUAUAUAUUAUGGCUAAUGGAUAUUGUGUUUAUAACGGGUCGCCAAAUCAAUUAGUACCUUUUAUGUCGUCGGUAAAUUGUGUAUGUCCAGAAACCUCAACACCAGCUGAUUUUAUUAUAGAAGUAAUCCAAACCAAUCAAGACAAUAUUCCAAUACUGCAAAACCAAAUUCAAAACGGUAAAAUAAAUAUGAAAGAUAAAAAGUUAAAACCUCUACAAAGUCAUAAGACAUUAGGAAUAUAUGAAAUUUACCAGGAAACCACACAAACAGGUAUGCAUAUUCACGACAUAGAAUACCCAACGUCUUUCUGGACACAAUUCACCGUGCUUUUGUGUCGCAUGGCUUUACAGAUGAAAAGAAAUAAAUCCAUGUGGAUCAUACAAUUUUUCCAUCACGUCAUUUCAGCAACGUUAGUCGGUGGAAUAUUUUACCAGAUUGGAAAUGAAGCCAGUCAAGUUCUACCAAUAUUUAAGUAUUGUGUAACGAUUAACGUGUUUUUCGUGUAUACUCAUGUCAUGGUGCCAGUGUUACUGUUUCCGAUAGAAGUCAAACUGUUAAAACGAGAGUAUUUUAAUCGAUGGUUUAGCUUAAAGCCGUACUUUCUUGCUAGUACGAUAGUAAACAUUCCAAUGUUGGUUGGUUAUGGAAUGAUAUUCAUAUCAAUAGUAUUUUUCAUGACGGGUCAACCAAUAGAAUGGCAACGAUUCUUAAUGUUUACUAUGAUCGCCAUCAACGUCGGAUUUUGUUCUCAGGGAUUAGGAUAUGCAAUUGGAUCCAAUUGUGGUAUACUGAGCGGAUCUGUGGUUGCUCCAUGCUGGUUAGCUAUUCUCUUGGCUUUGUCCGUGUACGGAAUGGGUUAUAAAGAUGGCAUCGAACCAGUGAUGAAAGCAUUCAUGUCUUUAAGUUAUGUACGAUAUGGCCUGGUAGGAAUAUCAUCGACGCUUUUAAACGACAGAGCAGAAAUGGAUUGCAACGACAUAUAUUGUCACUACAAGAAUCCAGAAAAGUUAUUAGAAGACAUGGGAAUGAGCCAAAAUGUACCACUCCAUCAGUUUGCUUACAUAUUGGGUUACACUGUCCUGUUUAGAAUCAUAGCGUACAUAUCAUUGAAGUACCGAAUGACUUCCGAACUAAGAAACAAGUUGGUGUACUAUGCGGCGAAAAUUGUCAAGCAGAAAGAAACAUGAAUGGGCUUAUAAACUGUAGGUCUAUUUAUUUUCCUAUAAGUUAAUAAGGAAUGAAAUUGUGAUUGCCGUGAUGGUGUAAGAAGGUGUAUAGUAGACUCGUAAUUCGGCUAGAUAAUUUAAACCGAAAAUAAAAAAAUGCAGUUUGGCAACAUUGUGUGAAGAACGCAAUGUUUUCAAUUCGGGUAAAGUGAUUAGCAGACUAAACGUUAUUUUUUCUUCGUAAAUCCUCGUCUGUUGAACAAUUACGUUCGUAAAACUUAUUGUGAGUUUAUAAUUCAUAACCUUUAUAUUUCCAUUCAUCGCUGUUUUCGGUAAUAUGACUCAGGGAUUAAAAGCUUAAAUAAUGGCUGCAGAUUCUGACCGAAUUCCGUUUGUACUAUACUAAUAAAACAUUGUCUUGGGGCAUUGACUGUACUCCUUAUCGUAUUUUUGUUAAAUUUUAUUAGUUAUUGUCAGCAUAAAUAUUAUGUUAACAAAAUAAUGGAUAUUUUACUUUUUAUAAUAAAUCUAUUUUCAAUAGUAACUAUAUUUCAUACAUUUUAUGCCACAUUAUGCCAAACAAUAAUAUUAAUUAUACGGGUUUUUAUGGUUAUUAGUAGGUAUAUUAGAUAAUAAAUGUCUGAGAUUCAAAUACCCAUGUUCAGUACUUUUAGUACUGAACUACUCUGGGACCAAAAGUUUAGUACCGAAUUUGUAUCAGUAUUAGAUGUACUACUAAUAUUUAUAAUAAUAUACUCUCAGCGUAAGUGUACUAUUUAUAAUUUUUAUGUGUAUAGUAAAUAUGUUUGAAGUU